AUGGCCGAGAGCAACAGUGCCGCUCCCAACGAGGCCAUCGAGCUGUCGUACGUCCAGUAUGAGACGGGCAAAGAGGAAGAGUACCUGCCAUCCAUACGGCAGCUGAUCGGCAAGGACCUUUCCGAGCCCUACAGCAUCUAUGUGUACCGCUACUUCUUAUACCAGUGGGGUGACCUGUGCUUCAUGGCUCUCGACAACGAGUCCAACCUCAUCGGCGUCAUCAUCUCCAAACUCGAGCCCCACCGCUCCGGCACCUAUCGUGGGUACAUUGCCAUGCUUGCCGUCCAGGAGUCCCACCGCGGGAUGGGCAUUGCCUCGAAGCUAGUCACUAUGGCAAUCAAUGCAAUGACCACCCGCCAAGCCGACGAGGUGGUCCUGGAGACGGAGAUCACAAACACUGCCAGCCUGAAGCUGUACGAACGCCUGGGCUUCUUGCGAUCGAAGAAGCUACAUCGCUACUACUUGAAUGGAAAUGCCGCUUAUAGGCUGAUACUAUACCUCAACGAGGGCACUGCGCUGAAAAGACCAGAGGGUGGACACGGUCACGAUACUGGCAUGAACAUGGGCAUGUCAGACAUGCAGCGAAUCGACAACGCUGCUAUGACCUCCUAA